AUGCCAGCCACCUCGCUAGGCGCCUCCUCCCCGGCCUCCGGCAGUCCCAGGGCCACUCCGACCGAGGGUGCCAGCCCACCUGCCCCGAGCACCAGUGUGCCGCCCCCGCACCCGACCCCCGCGGGGACUGCCCCCAGUGACACCUCCAGCCAGCCUUUCGCCACGGAGGGGCCCUCUCCGCCGUCAGUCACGUCCUCCGCCACGCCCAGCAGCACCCUCUAUGCUCCCGCCUCCACCACCUCGACUCCCGUGGCCACCCAUAGCCUGACCUCGUCCACGGGGGUCGCCACUCCCAGGGACACCGCAGCCCCGGCCACCUCUCUCACGGCCCCUCUGGCCUCGGCCUCCGCUGCCCACACCACCAGGGCUGCUAGCACCCUCCUGGUGACCACACCCGUGCCAACGGCACCGUCCAGGGCCCCGGUCCUCACCUCCUCCACCGUCGGCUCCCCCGGGAGCACCCUCACGCCACAUCCACCGGCCCCGCGGGUCCAUCCACCGCCACCCUCCACCGCCACCGUGGACCUCGGCUCCACACUCGCCCUGGCCAGCACCUCAGCCACACCCACAGCCCCGGCCACGGCCUCAGCCACGCCCAUGCCCACGCCCGCGGCCACGCCCACCACCGGGAUCAUCUCCUCCGGCCCCAGCACCCACCACACACACAGCACCUCCCCUGUCCAGCACGGCGACUCCCUUCCACUCCAGCACCAUGCCAGCCACCUCGCUAGGCGCCUCCUCCCCGGCCUCCGGCAGUCCCAGGGCCACUCCGACCGAGGGUGCCAGCCCACCUGCCCCGAGCACCAGUGUGCCGCCCCCGCACCCGACCCCCGCGGGGACUGCCCCCAGUGA